AAUGGAAUAUUUAUUUGUUAUAACAAAAUUGGCGAGAUAAUUAUUUUGCGACAAAUAUCUAUAUUCUCUUUUUUAAAAAAUAUUUAUGAUAGAUGUAUAAUAGUACGCAACAUUUUCACUGCUAGAGUCAUCAGAAUGAAAAGCUAACCUAUAUUUAUUUUGUAGAUACAACUAUAAAGGAUGGUUAUCUGCACUGAAUUUCAAGCAAUUGUACUUGCUGGCGGAAAGGGUUCUCGUAUGACAGAACUCACAGCUGGUCAACCAAAAUGUUUAUUACCUAUUGGAAAUAAACCAAUGAUUUGGUUUUCUCUACAGUUACUUGAACGUAGUGGAUUUAAGGAAUGUAUUAUAAUAGUAUCAGAAUCAGUAAAGAAUGAUGUAUCGUUGUUGUUGGAUAAACUAGAUUUAAAAAUUAAAAUGGAAAUUAUAGGAAUACAAGGUGCAGAAGAUCUUGGUACCGCAGAUUCCAUUAGACUUAUUCAUGAAAAAAUUCACACAGAUUUCUUAGUAUUAUCGUGUGAUUUGAUAACAGAUAUUGAUAUCUCUGAAACAUUAAAUCUAUAUAGAAAACAUAAUGCGAGUAUUACAGCAUUAAUGUUACCAAUGUUCAAAAUAUCAGACGAAUUUGUUACUCCAGGACCUAAAAAUAAACAAAAACCAGAAACAGAUCUAAUGGGAAUAGACAAUGAGACCGGACGUUUAGUAUUUUUGGCGUCGGCUUCAGAUUUUGAAGAAACAAUAAAUAUAUCUCAAAAAAUUCUCAAGAAACAUACCAAUUUUACUAUGUAUUCUAAACUGAUGGAUGCACAUGUCUAUAUUAUUAAUAAAUGGGUUUUGGAUUUUCUAGUAUUUAAUAAAAACAUUAGUACAUUGAAAGGUGAACUUCUUCCAUACAUAGUUACUAAGCAAUUAUCAAAACCACCUAAGCAAUGUCCAGAAGACAAAAAUACUUCCAUGGUACAGGUAAAUUUGAAAGAAGAUAUAUUCCGUUUUGCAGUUGCAAAACCAUUAGACGAGUUAAUAAGAAGAAUGUCUGCAUUUAAUGACCACAGUACUGAUUUACAAGAAGCUUAUCAUGAUGAUAUAAUUAGAUGUUAUGCUCACAUUAUGAAAAAUGGGUUUGGAUUAAGAGCUAACACUAUACAAAUGUAUCAUUUUGCAAAUUUUAAGAUAUCGGAUUGGUCGUCUAGUAUUAUAAAAUCUGAUCUAUUCCUGAAUACAUCAUCAUCUGCUACUGUUAAAAGUACACAAGUUCAAAAUUGUAGUAUAGAUGAAAAUGCAUUUAUUGAUGAAAAAACAUCCCUGAAAGUUAGUCACAUUGGUCCUAACACAAUUGUUGGAACGAAAACCAGAAUUUUAAAUAGUGUUAUAAUGGGCAAUGUAACUAUAAAACAAAGAUGCGCAAUACACAACAGUAUUUUAUGCAAUGGAUCUAUCAUCGAAGAAGGUACCGAAUUAAAAAAUUGUAUAGUUGGAGCUCAACAUGUUGUAACAUCUAACAGUCAACAUUCUCGAGAAGUAUUAACUGAAGCUGACAGAUUAAUAGAGAUUUAA